AUGGCGAUGGAAGAACAAAGGGAGGCGUUGUUGCAGAAGCAUUACUUUGAGAAUUGCCCUGGCUGCAAAGUCGAGAAGCUUAAGGAAUCGCAGAGAGGCUUGCCGAUCCGCGAGCUUCUGUCGAUCUGGAUCGUUGUGCUUUCCAGCUCGCUGCCAAUAUCAUCUCUAUACCCAUUCCUUUACUUCAUGAUUAGAGAUUUCCAUAUCGCCACAAGAGAGGAAGACAUCGGGUAUUAUGCCGGUUGGGUAGGUUGUUCUUUCCUGUUCGGCAGAGCCUUGACGUCGAUUUUCUGGGGAAUUGUGGCGGACCGAUACGGGCGAAAACCAGUCAUCAUUAUAGGAAUUGCUGUUGUGGUUAUCUUCAACACUCUCUUUGGUCUAAGUGUGAACUUUUGGAUGGCCAUUGUGGUGAGGUUUCUUCUAGGAAGUUUAAAUGGUUUACUCGGACCAAUCAAGGCUUAUGCGAGCGAAAUAUUCCGUGAGGAGUACCAAGCGCUAGGAGUAUCAACCGUCAGUGCAGCAUGGGGGAUAGGAUUGGUUAUCGGUCCAGCUCUGGGAGGUUAUCUUGCGCAGCCCGCGGAAAAGUUCCCAUCGAUAUUUUCCAAAGAAUCAGUGUUCGGAAAAUUUCCCUACUUCUUGCCCUGUCUCACCAUGUCACUUUUCGCAUUGGUAGUUUCUAUUGGAUCCUUCUGGCUUCCGGAAACAUUGCAUAUGCACCAGGAAUUGGCGAUUGAUGAGUCUCGCAAAGAUGCGGAGACCGCAUCCCUCGAGUCUGGUGUGAAAUGCAAGACGGAAAAAGUCAAAGGGAAAGCUCCGAAAAAGUCUCUAAUUCGUAAUUGGCCCUUGAUGUCGACCAUCAUCGCGUACUGCGUCUUCGCACUUUACGACACGGCUUACUCAGAGAUCUUCUCGCUGUGGGCCGAAAGCCCUAGGCGAUUGGGGGGUUUAAGCUACACGACUGAAGAUGUUGGAACUGUUCUUUCCAUCUCAGGUGCCGGUCUUCUUGUCAUCCAAACGUUUAUAUACCCAUACUUGGACAGACUUCUCGGCCCUGUUUGGGUAGCUCGCAUUUGUGGGAUAUUAUCUAUACCGCUCUUAUCAAGCUACCCUUUUAUUGCCAUGCUGACCGGCCUAAGUCUCUCCAUAGUCUUGAAUUGCGCAUCAGUCGCAGAGAAUUCUCUUUCUCUUACCAUCCUUACCAGCUUGUUCCUUCUGCAAAACAAAGCCGUUGAUCAAGAUCAGAGAGGAGCUGCUAAUGGAAUCUCAAUGACCGCUAUAUCUCUCUUCAAGGCGGCCGGUCCAGGUGGAGGAGGCGCAAUGUGA